AUGUCCGGCGCAUCGACAGGCCAGCAAGACACCCGCAAAGCGGUAGUCUCCGACUCCAAAGACGACAGCAAGCCUCUCCAACCCCAGAAGAAUGCCGCGCAACUGGAAGAGGAUGAUGAGUUCGAAGACUUCCCCGUUGAAGACUGGGCAAAGGAAGAGGAGACAGGCGCACAGCAGAGCGGGACGAGCACAACAACACAUCUGUGGGAGGAGAGCUGGGACGAUGAUGAUACCACAGACGACUUUUCUGUGCAGCUGAAGGAGGAGCUGAAGAAGAUGGAAGGGCAGAGGAAAUGA